ACAACAAACCCAAAGUCAAUAUCAGACGCCACUUUGCCAUCUCACUCCACCUUCAGCCUUCACUCUUCAGGCGCCAAAAUAACAUCACUUCCUCUUUUCUCUCUCUCUCCUUAUCAAAAAAAAAAAAAAAAACCUCUCACUUUAUUUUAAUCAAUUAAUUUCUCUACUAGAUAAAAUAGAAAAAUUCCCAAAUCAAAUCACCAGAUUUCAAAUUCAACAGAGAGAACAAAAAAAAAACCCCUCAUUUCUCACUCAGUUUCCAAUUUGAGGAGAGAGAAAAUGGCUGGAAUGGAACUUCAGAACACUGUCAAAGAAGCCCUAAAUGCUCUCUAUCAUCAUCCUGAUGAUACUGUUCGUAUGCAAGCUGAUCGAUGGCUUCAAGAAUUUCAGCGCACUCUUGAUGCUUGGCAGGUUGCAGAUAAUCUGCUUCACGAUGCAACUAGCAAUUUGGAAACUCUUAUAUUUUGCUCACAAACUUUAAGAAGCAAGGUACAACGAGAUUUUGAGGAGCUUCCUUCUGAAGCAUUUCGUCCUCUACGGGAUUCUUUAAAUAGCUUGUUAAAUAGAUUUCAUCAUGGCCCGCCAAAAGUUAGAACCCAGAUUAGCCUUGCUGUAGCUGCGUUGGCUGUUCAUGUCUCUGUAGGAGAUUGGGGAGAUGGAGGCAUUAUGAAUUGGCUCAAGGUAGAGAUGAACUCUCGUCCCGAAUGCAUACCAAGCUUUUUGGAGCUUUUGAAGGUUCUGCCGGAGGAGGUGUUCGAUUACAGAAUAUCAGCUCGGCCUGAAAGGCGUCGGCAAUUUGAGAAGGAGCUUAUUUCUGCUAUGGAGGUUGCGCUGAGUUUAUUAACUGCUUGUUUGAAUGCCAGUGAACUCAAGGAGCAGGUUCUGGAGGCAUUUGCUUCAUGGCUUCGCUUGAGACGUGGGAUUUCUCCAUCUGUGCUUGCAAAUCAUCCUUUGGUUCUUACAACUCUUUCUAGCCUGGGUUCUGAUAUACUCUCUGAGGCUGCUGUUAAUGUUGUUUCCGAGUUGAUACAUUGUUCAGCAGUGGGGAAUUCCUCUGAUGUUUCUGUCCAGAUGCCGUUAAUACAAGUUAUUGUUCCUCAAGUAAUGAGUCUCAGGCCACAUCUUAAUGAUCAAUCAAAGGAUGAGGAAGAUGUGAAGGCGAUUGGACGCUUAUUUGCUGAUAUGGGUGAUGCAUACGCACAAUUGAUUGCUACUGGUUCUGAUGAGUCAAUGAUGAUAGUGCAAGCAUUACUUGAAGUAGCGUCCCACUCAGAGUUUGAUAUUGCUUCUAUGACAUUUAAUUUUUGGCACAACCUACAAGUUUACUUGAUCGAAAGGGAUCUGUACCUGUCGUUUGGUAAUGAAGCAUCCAUUGAAGCGGAGAGAAAUAGGAGACUGCUAAUUUUCCGUUCAUCAUAUGAAUCUCUGGUGUCCUUGGUCAGUUCUCGGGUUCAAUACCCUAAUGAUUAUAUGGAGCUUUCAAGGGAGGACCUCAAGGAUUUCAAACAAACAAGAUAUGCUGUUGCAGAUGUUCUUGUUGAUGCGGCGCUGGUUUUAGGUGGUGAUACAGUGCUGAAAAUACUCUACAUGAAACUUGUUCAGGCUGUGACAAGCUGCGGAAAUGAUCAAAGUAGUGAAUGGCGUCCAGCUGAGGCUGCUUUAUACUGUAUUAGAGCCAUAGCAGAUUAUGUUUCCAGUGUGGAAGCUGAAGUGAUGCCUCAGGUUAUGUCUUUGCUCCCGAAGCUUCCCCGUCAUCCUCAACUACUUCAGACUGUGUGCUUGACAAUUGGGGCAUAUUCUAAAUGGCUUGAUUCUUCAUCUAAUGGACUCUCAAUUCUGCCUUCGCUGGUGGACAUUCUUAUGGGUGGCAUGAGCACAUCUGAAGAUACUGCAGCAGCUGCUGCAUUGGCAUUUAGACACAUUUGUGAUGAUUGUCGGAAGAAGCUGUGUGGAUCUUUAGAUGGCCUCUUUCAUAUCUACCAGAGUGCGGUCUAUGCGGAAGGUGGAAACUUCAGAGUAUCUGCUGAAGACUCUCUACAUUUGGUUGAAGCACUAAGCAUGGUAAUUACAGAACUUCCUCCUGACCAUGCGAAGAAGGCCCUGGAGGCAUUAUGCCUGCCUGUUGUUACUCCUCUUCAGGAAAUGAUCAAUCAAGGUCCAGUUAGUCUGGGACAGAAAGGUGCUCGCGAGCUUACUGUUCACAUAGAUCGACUGGCAUAUAUUUUUAGAUAUUUGAAUCACCCUGAAGCUGUAGCAGAUGCAAUUCAGAGGCUCUGGCCGAUUUUCAAAGCCAUCUUUGAUGUACGUGCGUGGGACAUGCGGUCAAUGGAAUCUCUCUGCAAGGCAUGCAAAUAUGCUGUAAGAACUGCUGGAAGGUACAUGGGAAUCACAAUUGGCGCCAUGCUAGAAGAGAUUCAAGGACUUUAUCAGCACCAUCACCAGCCAUGUUUUCUGUAUCUCUCAAGUGAAGUGAUAAAGAUCUUUGGGUCUGACCCAUCUUGUUCAGACUAUCUGAGAAAUUUAGUUGAAGCCCUCUUUAGAAGAACAGCUUGCCUUCUUGCCACAAUCAGAGAUUUUACCACCAGACCGGAUAUAGCAGAUGAUUGUUUCCUCUUGGCAUCAAGGUGCAUCAGAUACUGUCCGCAGAUAUUUAUUCCAUCACCUGUGUUUCCCUCAUUGAUAGAUUGUGCUAUGAUUGGGAUCACAGUUCAACACAGGGAAGCUUCAAAUUCUAUCUUGUCAUUCUUAUCUGAUGUCUUUGAUCUUACAAAUUCACGUGAGGGUGUGCAGUACCAGCACAUUAGGGACAACGUGAUCAUUCCACGAGGACCAACAAUCACCAGAAUUUUGAUAGCAUCCCUUACAGGAGCUCUUCCAAGUAACCGAUUUGAAACAGUAACUUAUACACUUCUAGCACUAGUUCGAGCUUACCAAGUAAAAGCUCUGGAAUGGGCCAAAGAAUGCAUUACAUUGAUUCCAAAAACGGCUGUGACAGAAGUCGAGAGCUCGAGACUCCUGCAAGCUUUAUCCGAUGCAGCAUCUGGAGCUAGCGUUAAUACUGUCAUGAUUCCGAUUGAGGAACUCUCCGAUGUUUGCCGUCGCAAUCGGACGGUCCAAGAAAUUGUUCAGGAUGCUUUGAAACCCCUAGAAUUGAAUAUGGUUCAGAGAGUAUAGUACAUGUUCAAUAAAGGACAACUGCACAGCUUUUGCUGAUAGAGAAUACACAAAUUGAAAGGGCUGUUUUCAGAAGGCCCUUGUAGAGCAGCUUUAUUCGCUCCACUGUGUAUUUAUAUAUAUUUUUUAAUUGAUUCAUGUAAAUUCCACAA